AUGAACUCACUCCAGGAUUUUGAAUCCUCUUCAAGCAAAGAAAUGAUUAACACAAGCCUCAACAACCCUAUCACAAACCUAACCCCCUCUUCAAACUUGUCCUCAGCAUCAUCAUUAUCCACUACAGCAACAACAACAUCAUCAUCACCACCUUCCACCCCGAGCCGCUAUGAGAACCAAAAGCGGAGAGACUGGAACACCUUCGGGCAGUACCUCAGAAACCACAGGCCCCCACUUUCCCUCUCUCGCUGCAGUGGUGCCCAUGUUCUCGAGUUCCUCAGGUACCUUGACCAGUUCGGGAAAACCAAGGUUCACACGCACCUUUGUCCCUUCUUUGGGCAUCCAAACCCUCCUGCACCGUGUCCCUGUCCUCUGCGCCAAGCCUGGGGGAGCCUCGACGCCCUCAUAGGGCGUCUCAGAGCUGCUUUCGAAGAGAAUGAUGGAAAACCUGAGGCCAACCCUUUUGGUGCUCGUGCUGUGAGGCUCUACCUUCGUGAAGUUCGUGACUCUCAGGCCAAAGCUAGAGGCAUCAGCUACGAGAAAAAGAAGCGCAAGCGUCCCCCUCAACCACCUUCAUCAAAUGCCACCACUCAGUAG